UAUUCGUGCUUUGAAGCUUAUUUUUAUUGUCAAUCAAUAUACCAUAAAAAACGAGCCACAAGGCUCGAACAGUCGUAUCUCCAUUUCCAAAAUCGUCGAUUUUUGUGGACAAUCCGAGCGUCAAUUAGAGAGACAUUACUGUAUUGGAGCGUAAUAGCCGAUACAACUUCACUUCUCGCUGCUUUCGAUCAUGUAUUGACACCGACAGUGACAUGUUUGUCCCACGGUUUCCUUCGUUCUUUCGGAGAUCGUCCGUAUUUCGUAACGUUUUCAAUAUUUCAGUGACACAUCACCCACGAGCAUCCUUUUAACGCCCUCCGUCCACGCCACCCGCACUCGGGUAUCCUCCGAAUGAAGUCGUACAGUCGAAUUCUAUGAUUUCCCACACCAUACAUCAAAUCGUAUCUAAUGCUGAUCCAGGGUAAACUGCCGUCGACCUCUUCGGGCCCGUUCUUCCUCCGGCGAAGCGCGUUGCGAUGAAGCUGGACUAGAGAUCGACCGUGUGACUCAGCGCGGCGAGACUCGCCUAAAUACCUGCAAGUGCACUACAUGAAUGCGAACGAUGAGGCUGCCUCGAAUCUGGAGCCGGUCAGCCCGGAAAAAGCGGAGAAAAAUGACACGGAGACCGUAGAGGAGAACGUCGCGCAGCCGGAAACGAACACGAACAAUGCUUCCGGCGACGCGAAGGAACCCAAAGAAGAAGAAUCCGUUCAAGCCCUCGUGGAACUGCCACCGACGCUCCACGAGCGCUUCAUGCGCAUCAAGGAGAUGGUAAAGGACGCCAUAACAGCUCACCACACGUUCAUGAUCUACGGAAGGGCUCGCGUGGUCCGGGAAUGUCUGCUGAAGAGGGGCUGGUGCGAGAAAUUCUUCCGGAAGAAUCCGACCGCCGAACAUUUCACCGUGAACUCGAGUCCCGUGGUGCUGCUGGCCGGCAUCGGCGACUUGAAGGACCAGCAGAGCGAACGGCAGCUGAUCUCGAGGAUGCUCAGCAACCAUACCGUCGACUUCCUGUGGAACACGGGGUCCGAGUGGCCCGGAUGGCCGUCCCAGGACAACAAGACCACCAUCUUCAACAGAUACUGCCGGGCCGGAUUCACCUCGAAGGUGGGCUUGUGCUCGAACGUCAGACAGAUGCACUGGUAUUACGAGGCCGGGGUGGCGAACACCCUCUUCCCUCGCUGCUACAACCUGUGCCAAGGUGAUCAGAUGCACGCGUUCGUCGAAGACUUUCGGUUCACGGCCUGCCUGAGCCUGCUGAAGUGGCUGGUAGACAAGAUCAACGCGGAAGGCGAGAACGCGGUGCGAUCGCCGACGGGCACGGUGCCAUUAAAGGCCCUGGAGUUCGCGAUCAAGCGGUGCAGCGAUUACAUCAGCGCCCAGUCCCACGAGGACAUCGAUCAGGAGACGGAGAGGGUGUGGGCGCAUCAGUGGGACCAGUUUAUCAGCUGGUACUAUCUGAUCGUCCACGGCCAGUCGUUGUUCAUUCGGAACAGCGUGCCUUUUCAAAAAUUCUUCCUGGCGGCGAAGCACAUCCUGAAGAAGAUGAGGAAGUACUGUCCCCAGAUGGACAUGGACGGCACGAUGAACGUGUGGAUCAUGAAGCCUGGGAACAAGAGUCGGGGCCGCGGCAUCGUGCUGCUCAACAAACUGGAGGACGUGAUGGCGAAGAUGAAUCCGUCGAACAAAACGGACACCCGUUACGUCGUGCAGAAGUACAUCGAACGGCCGUUGCUCAUUCACAGCACGAAGUUCGACAUCAGGCAGUGGUUCAUCGUCACCUGCGCCCAGCCCCUGACUCUCUGGAUAUACAAGGAGAGCUAUCUGCGGUUCUGCUCGCAGAAAUUCUGCCUGACGAACUUCCACGAAUCGAUCCACCUGUGCAAUCACGCGAUCCAGUGCAAGUACACGAAUUGCGGCGACAGGGAUCCUGCGUUGCCCUCGGACAACAUGUGGGACGCGACCACCUUCAAGGACUUCCUCAAGUCCCAGGGUCACGACAAGGCGUGGGACGAGACCAUAUACCCGGGGAUGAAGCAGGGUCUGGUGGGAUCUCUGCUGGCCAGCCAGGAAGCCAUGGAUCGCCGGAAGAACAGCUUCGAGCUUUACGGCGCGGACUUCAUGGUCAUGGAGGACUUUUCCGUCUGGCUGAUCGAGAUCAACAGCCACCCGGACAUGAGCUACUCGAGCAAAGUGACCACUCGCCUCUGCAGACAGGUCUUGGAGGACACCGUGAAAGUGGUGAUCGAUUUCCGGGAGGAUAAGAACGCGGACACGGGGGAGUUCGAGCUGGCUUACAGGCAGAGGAUGCCCAGCUGUCAGCCGUAUCUGGGCGCGGCGUUGUCCCUUCAAGGGACUCGAAUCACGUCUUUCGAGAAGAAGUCGAAUUGCUUCGGCCAGGACUCCAAAGUCAGCCUUUCGUCCAAGACGCCGAUGACGUGUCUGACGAAGAAGAAGUCGACGGUGAACACGCAGAUCGGACCAGUGAUCGUCGAUCUGAUCGAGGAGCUGGAGAUCCAGCUGGACCAGGAGUUCUACGCCUACUACAAGGUGGACUCGCCCAAAUUCAGGCAAGCACUGCCAGCGACUGCGGCACCGAAAUCCCCGAAGACCGCCAUGCUGGUCGAUAAGCAGGAGUCGACCGUGAAAAGCGCACCCACGGGUGGCAGACCCAAUGUUAAAUCCAAGUCGUUGGGGGCGGUUCAGAACUUGAAGAUACCCGAGAAGACCAUCGGCAGUCAGAGGGCGCCAUCUCGGACGCCGAGAAAGUCGAGGGCGUUUACCGGAGCGACGACCUACAAAAUGGACGGGUCACCCGUCAGGCAGUCCUUGAUCUCGAAGAUCAUGGCCUUCCAGAAACAGUCGACGAAGCUGGCCCCGAAGAGCGACAAGCCGAGCAAAACGACUCAGGAGAAGAUCAUCAAGUCGGCUGUGCGGGACGCUAUCAAAAAGUACAAAAGAAGCGGCACCCUGGCUCCGAGCCCGUCGGAUGUGCCGGCACUGCCUUCUCUACUGCCGUCGAGCAGAACGAGCGAAGUGACCACGGGGAAGAGCAAGAGCCGCAGCGUCGUCCCGAGGAAGAGCGUUCAUCAGAGGAAGAACAUGGUGCUGACCGACAUCACCGACAUGUACGCGGUCGGCAUGAGGCUGACAAAAUAAUCCGGCUUGGAGACAAUUGAGAAAUUGCUACGCUGUCCCGCGGAUCUGAUGUGGUAUACGAACAAAAAGGUUACCACGAAAAUGGACGACAAAACCAUAGUCAAUAAAUUCUCCGGCUGUUAUUUUACGUCGAAGGCCGCACAGAUCGAGGAGUUCGUGCGGGACUUUCGGAUCACCGCUUGCAUGGGGAUCCUCAAGUGGUUUCUGUUUUUAGCCAGCGUGGCCGGAUCGAACGCCACUUGGUCAGCGACCGGCACCGUGCCCAUGUCCGCCAUAUUGUUCGCACUGGAGCGUUGCAGGGAAUACAUAAGCGUGUGCGCGCACGAGGACAUCGACGAGCACAAGGAUGCGAGCGUGUCGCCGGCCGAUUGGAGCCAGUUCCUGACUUGGUACGAACGCUUCUUGCACAAACGCGAGAUCCUGGAGAAAAGCGACGGGCUCGACAUCGAGAACCUCGUGUCGUACACGGCGAACACUCUGAAGGACAUGAUACAGUGCCGGCCACAGAGUCGGAUCGACGGGAUGAGGAACGUGUGGAUCUUGAAGCCGGGCGACAAGAGCUUGGGCAGGGGCAUAGUGUUGAAGAAUUCGCUGGCCGACAUCCUGAACAAGGUGAACCACGCCGCGAAGGAGUACAUGCAGUACGUCGUGCAGAAGUACAUAGAACGGCCUCUGCUCGUCCACAAAACGAAAGUCGACGUCAGACAAUGGUUUCUGAUCACGAGCACGCAACCGUUGGUCGUCUGGAUGUACAAGGACAUCCUGCUGCGGUUCGCGUCGAAGGACUUCACGCUCGAAAACUUCCACGAGUCGAUUCACCUGUGCAACACCACGGUGCAGCUGAAGUACAGGAAAACGGUGAAACCGAACGCGCGGAUACCCGGCGAGCUCCACUGGAAUCUUCAGAGGUUCAAGGAAUACUUAAAAGCGACGGAUCGCGAGUUCGCCUGGGAGAAGCUGAUCAAGCCGGGCAUAAAGCAGAAUUUAAUAGGGGCACUUCUGGCAUCUCAAGAAAACAUGGUGAAUCGCCGGAACAGCUUCCAAUUAUACGGCGCCGAUUUCCUGAUAAUGGACGACCUGUCGGUCUGGUUAAUCGAGAUCAAUACGAACCCGAGGCUGCAUCCGCCGAGCAGCUCCGUUACCGGGAAACUUUACCCGGAAGUGAUCGAGGACACGAUGAAAGUGGUUGUAGACGGUCGCAAGAACAGGAAGGCUCCCUGCGGGAAAUUCGAAUGCAUUUACAAGCAGCGCAGUCCAUUUCACGGUAAUGUUUUCGGGCAAGCGAUGAGUCUGGGAAUUCGUGGGAAAGCUCUGCUGCCCUCGCAGUCUUCGCCGCGGAAAUCAUGAAUAAUAAUACCCUACGGGCUCGCGGCGAAUCUCCGCCCCGUCUACGCGUGUCCGCAGUGCCAAAUAACUUCUACACGAUGGAUUUAAUAAAAACGUGUUUAUUUUACAAGUAA